AUGUCUUCAGGGCUGCUUUCUAUCAAUUAUUCAGCUCUGGCAGCCUCUGGUGGUGGCAGAGACUGCAGGCACAGGCUCAGGAGAUUUGGACGUGCAUCCGAGGGCUGGGACGAGCACGGUUACGUGCCUCAACCGUGGGGCAAGGAACACAUUGCUCCCAAGUGUCCACUGAACGACCCCAGCAAAGAACUAUCAUUCCCAGUAGUUCUGUUCCCUCAAGGUUUCACACAGCAGUUGCAGUGCAACUAA